UUGGCACAACUUGCUCGAUGACAAAGUAACUGUUUUUCCUAAAGCUAAGAGAAAUGGGUUUGUCCAGGUGUAACUCCCAGAUAUUCAGCUUCGAAAAUAGAAAAGUAAAGUCGGUGAGUGGAACGAUGGGUGACAAAAAGGAAUUGGAGAAGAUGAACUCGAAUGUCACAAUUUGGGAGAGAAUAUUCAGCGACAAUAAACUGCUAAAUUGCCGCCAGACUAAACCCCGAUAUGUAUUUCAUCGCUGGAGACAUGAGGUGAAAAAUGCUGAAGGGACCAAGCUUUUUCGCUCUGGACUAUGUUUGGAGACAGAGAGGGUCUGGGCAAAGGAAAGUGUGUGAGAUGACGUCUUAUACACUACAAGGAAGUUAUAUCACAAGGUAACUGUAAGAGCACCGUUUUCAAGGACUAUCCAUGCUCUUUCUGUUCAUGUGGCAAUCAUCAGUGGACUGGUUUGGACGGCAGUUAAUGGGCUUCUGGACGUUUCAUGUCCAUCAAAAUGAGUGAAAUCGAAGCUGUCCAUUUCCAUCUUCUUUCUGCACUCCGACCGAAGUUCGUAUUUGGCGGGGACGCGUUCUACCUUGGGAAUCUAACAAAGCACAGCCGUGUAAAAGCUCAGUCUCUUUAUAAGCUCACAAGUUAAGUCGUACAAAUGGCAUCGAAGGAAGAUGAAGCGGCCGCUGCUCAGCCGCUAACCAGCGAUCAUGACAAAGAAACGAACGGAGAUGCUCUCCCAGCUGUUGAAGUCAAUGGACAAGUUGGCCUUAAAAAGGAAGUCACCCUUCUAAAUGGCAUUGCUCUUGUUGUUGGUGUGAUUAUCGGCUCCGGAAUUUUCAUCUCACCCAAAGGUGUCCUCAAAUGGACUGAAUCAGUCGGAAUGAGUUUGGUCGUCUGGGCAGGAUGUGGUAUUCUCGCUCUCCUUGGCUCCCUCUGCUACUGUGAAAUGGGUACCAUGAUCCCUAAAUCCGGUGCUGAGUAUUCUUAUCUCUACGAAGCCUUUGGUCCUCUACCAGCAUUUCUGUACAGUUGGACGCUCGCUUUGAUCAUUCGUCCAUCUUCACUCAGUGUCGUGGCUCUAACCUUUGCACGUUAUGUUAGUCAGCCCUUCUUCCCCGACUGCGAAAUCAGUCCGAUUCCUGUCAGAAAGAUCUUAGCAGCAACAUGUUUGGCUCUGACUAUGUUUAUAAAUUGUGCGAGUGUUAAAUGGGCCACACGCAUUCAGGAUUCCUUCACUUUUGGAAAACUUAUUGCUCUUGCAAUUCUGAUCGUGAUUGGCCUCAUUGAGGUUGGAUCAGGUAAUCUUCAAAACUUUAAGGGAUCUUUUGAUGGAACUACUUCAAACUUGGCAAAUAUUGGAUUGGCUUUCUAUUCAGGCCUCUGGGCUUAUGAUGGAUGGAAUAGCUUAAAUUUUGUCACUGAAGAGAUGAAGAACCCAGCUAGGGAUUUACCAAGGGCUCUCAUGAUUGGAAUCCCUCUGGUAACCAUUGCUUACUUGUUGACUAACAUUGCCUGCAUUGAUGUAGUUGGAGGACACUGCAUUUUAAGCUUUGGAGCUGUGGCUAUGGUUGUUGGAGAGGAGAAGAUGGGACCUGUUGCUUGGUUGAUUCCAAUCUUUGUUGCAUGCUCCACCUUUGGUUGUGUGAAUGGACUGGCUUUCAGUGGUGCAAGGUUGGUGUUUGUGUCAGCUCGCAAUGGUCACAUGCCUAAAAUACUUGCCAUGGUUCACAAGACUUGUCAUACUCCUAUGCCUUCCAUCAUUUUCUUGCAUGUCAUUGCCAUGAUCAUGUUGAUUCCUGACUCCAGUGAAUUCAGCACACUCGUCAACUACUUCAGCUUUGCUGCAUGGCUCUCAUACUUUGCAGUCAUCACAGCUCUGAUGUACCUUAGGUGGAAACGUCCAGAUGCUAAGAGACCAUACAAGGUCUGGCUGAUUGUGCCUAUCGUUGCUGACCUGGCAGCCCUUUAUCUGCUGAUCACUCCAUUCUGGCAGGAACCUAAGGAGUCUGCCAUGGCCCUGAUCUUCAUCGCUCUCGGCAUACCUGUCUAUUUCUUCUGUUGUUAUUGGAGCAAAACAAAGGAUGCAUGUGACGGAUGCUGUGGACGUUUCACUUACAACGUGCAGAAGUGGUUUAACUUCUUUUUGCCCGGGAGUGAGGAAGAUUCAGAGGAAACCAUGUUAAAAGACUGAUUUUCUUUUUAUUUCUGCUGCAGUAAGCAAAUAGGAUUUACUUUAAGUAGAAUCUCAAAGCAUUUAUUGUGUGGUCACACCAAAUUAUGGCAUGGAAAUCUUGUGGAUGAAAACUCCACUAGCGCCCAUUCAUUUGAAAUUACUCAUGCACUGUAUACUCCUGACGUGUUUUGUUGUUGUUGUUGACCAGUGUUAUGUGAGAUAAGCUAUGAUUGUUAUGUUUUUUUCAGCUUUUGUUAAUUUAUUUAAAUCAUGAUAUCUGAAAGGGUUAGCUAGCUCAACAAAAUGUGGAAAUUCACCUACAUUAGAUACAAAUUGAUUAUUUUACACACGGUUUCGUAGUUGAUAACGACCGUAACAGUGACUUGCACGUCUUAAUAGUUUUUUUCCUCGAUUCUAGUUUUGUAAUUGUAGUGAGGUGUGAUGAUUUUAAGUACUACAGGGAUGGGAGGAUUUUACGAAGAGAAUUAAUUGAGAUUAUUUUCCAGAUUUCUUUAGAAAUUAUUUGAUUGUUCUAGUUUGUAAUUGUAGGCUUAAACAGGAAAUUUCUGUUUUAUUUGUGUCCACUGUGUUAGAAAGUGUUGAAAUGCUGCGGAAGAUUAGAAGAGUGAAGUUUACUCUUUCCUUAUUUAUUUGUCUUUAGGCCGAGCAGUAUAUUAGAUGAUCUCGAAUUUUUGAUGUUAGCCUGAGAUGAGUCUAUGCUAAUUAGCUAAUUACGGCAGAUGAUUAGUGGUGACUUGUUAAUAUUCUAAUUAUAUCUAGUUGUUACGUGCGUACACGAAGAGAAAUCGAGUCAAUUCUAGACCAUUUAGUAGGAAAAGAUAGGAUUUAUGUUUAAGAUAAAAGAGCCAGGUCUUAUGAAGGAUUUUUAAGGCGAAAAGGAAGUUAAUGUUAUUUCUCUCUAACUUAUUGGCAGAAAGCAAAUUAAAAGGGGUUUGUAAUAAAAAGAAGUUGUUGGAAGGCCAGACGAAGGCUUGUUAAAUUUUUUAGGAUGUGUGUAAUAUUUAUUGAUAUAGUUUGUUCGCGGUUAUCAUUGAAUAGUUAUUGUAAAGAUACCAGUAUGUCUUUGCAUUUAAAGUCUUGAAAGUUGACAGUCGUUGUGAAAUAUUUUAACUAGAUUAUAAUUGUUGUAGGUUCUAUGUGUUGAGCUCUCAGAAAAUUGUUAGGUUGAAUCGUAUUAGGUCAAGUAUGCCGAGUCAGGCUGGAUCUUCUCACCUCGUAACAAGCCGGGGUGGAUCGGAUAGAGUCGUCUCGAGUUGAUUCCCACUCGGCAAAGGCAAACUCUUACUUAACGUGAUACGUAUCUACGUUUUCACGUUAGCAGAAUACUACCCGCAUUUUUAAUACUCUUAGCUCCUAAGAUGUAACUUAGAAAGCGCGAGGUCACGAAAUUUUGCAUGUCGUUCGCCGCAACCUUGAAAAUCAGUGUCAAUGGCAAAGGAAGCCACAGAAAAUUGUUUUUGUAAGAGAGAAAAGCAGUUUGAUUGAAAAAUUAACCAAUCUGGAAAAGGGCUGGUAAAGAAUUAGCAAGAUUGAAAGGGAUUGAUUCAUGUAGCCUAAAUCUCUCAAGAUGUGCAAACAGUGACGUGGCAGCUUAAAGAAAAAAUAUUGAUAACUAAAUCGUGGGCCUGUAACCUUUGCUAUAGGCUUUGGGUUUGACUUGUUGAUCGUAAUUUUGGUAGUUAAAGUUCUGUGUUUAGUGUUGUGUAUGAAAAAACUUAGAUAAGUAACGAAGACUUCUAUGUAACUUGAUUCUGUGAACUUGAUAGCGGCUGAUUAAACCGAAGUUGACGGGC